AUGAAGGCUCCGUUCGAUCCUGAGAACUCACUUAAGGCCCUGGGAGACGAUAAACAUGGCCCGCUGGGCCUGGCUAGUCUGGUCCCUCAUCAAACCUCCAACUUCCCGACCGGCUUAGUUCGCGUGGCAGACACCGAUGAUUCGCUCGACUCUUUCGCCUCGUUCAUUGCAGGCUUUGUACCAAAGUCUGACAAAGUCCUACAAGAAUGGCGGGAAACUUGUCGCACAAUCGGCCGCCGCGACAUUGGCGACCUCGUCUUCGCUGCGCCUGAGGUCAUGAUGACCUUCUCGCGACACUCAACCGGGCUACCAGACUUGACUUCACAGUUGCCGGUAAUUGCUGGGGACAUGCAUGUCAAGAACCGAGAAGCUCGUCUCCAUUGUCCUGCCUCCAUGAUCAGACCAGGACAUAUCCAUCAAGUUCAGGAGUGCGUUCGAUGGGCUUUGGAGCACCGAACUGCGUUGACAGUCGUGGGUGGUGGACACAGCGGUCAUUGCGUCUGGCCUCAAACUGUCGCCAUUGACAUGAGCGCCUUCAAUCAGGUCCAUGUUGUUACGGGGGAGGCCGGAAGCCUGGUCAUGGCCGGUGCUGGUAGCAUGACGGGAGACAUCAUCCGCGAGACCAUGGCAAACGGGCUCACUGUGCCUCUGGGAUCCCGGCCAAGUGUUGGAGCAGGCUUGUGGCUUCAAGGCGGCAUCGGGCAUCUGUCCAGACUUCAUGGACUCGCUUGUGAUGCUAUUGUCGGUGCGCUUGUCGUCAGCGUCAACUCAGCAAAGAUUCUAUGCAUCGGUCGUGUACCUGCGCAACACCGACCAAUCGGUGCCAUACGCCCAGAGAACGAGGAAGAACUGCUAUGGGCUAUCAAAGGAGCGGGAACUAACUUUGGGAUCGUCCUUGGUGUUGUCUUUGCGGCACAUCCGGCCCCAGCGUUCUUGGUCAGGAACUGGGUCAUACCGCUGCGUGACGGCGAUGAGGCGCAACGCAAGCUUGCCGAAUUUGACCGGGAUAUUGCCAGUCAACUUCCUCGGCACAACUCUGCUGACGCUUAUCUGUACUGGGACACUGGAGAACUCCGUCUCGGUGUGACCAUGUACGAAGCUUCGACUGCUGGGGAAGUGCCUAGAACUCCCAUGCCUAUUCCCACACCCGUGGCCACGAUUCUGGGUCCGGAGCACAGCAUCAAGAUCGUUGACAGCGUCAGGCUCUUUGAGACUGAGAUGUACAUGUCAGGGAUGCACGGCGGUCACGCUGGAGGCAAGACAUCCUCGUUCAAACGCUGCCUCUUCCUCAAGGAUAUCGGAAGUGCCGUGCUUGCAAACGCGUUAGCAUCAGCCGUCCGAACUCGCCCCUCUCCGCUCAGUUAUCUUCACCUCCUCCAAGGCGGCGGAGCAAUCCGUGACGUGCCGGUAUCAGCCACCGCCUUCGGCUGCCGUGACUGGGACUUUGCCUGCGUCAUCACCGGCGUUUGGCCUCGCGAGCAAGACGGAUCUGUAGCUGCCCGGGUGGCGGUGGAGUGGGUCUACACCGUCGCCGAGACCUUGCUACCGCUGAGCACUGGAGCUUACGGUGCCGACCUUGGACCGGAUCCCCGGGAUGCAGCACUGGCAGCUAAAGCCUUUGGGUCAAAUGGUCCUCGUCUAGCUUGCCUCAAAUGUCUCGCAGAUCCACGUCGUGUAGUUGCUUACACCUGUCCUCUUCCACUGCGACCACUUGAACCGGGCCUCAUAAUCGUGGUUACUGGGGACAGCUGUGCCGGCAAAGACUACUGCGCUAAGAUCUGGGGUGACUCUUUCAACCGAUGUGGCAUUACUGCGCGUAUUGCCAGUAUAAGCGACACCAUCAAGCGGGAAUUCUCGGCGGUUGCGGGUGUGGACUUAGAUCGAUUGCUCAGCGACCAAGAGUAUAAGGAGAAGCACCGGCCGGGCUUGACGGCGUUCUUCCAUGACCGCUGGAUAAUUUCCUAG